AUGGACAAACAUAGCCUGUUCCUCGUUUUGUCUCUGAGCCUUACCCUGGCCAGCGCUCAAUACCCGAACAGUAAAGACUGUGCGAGUGAUGUGAGUAUUGUAUCUUGGGUUAGUGUCAUGGAACAUCCGCCGACAACAGUUUCAUUUGAUGCAAAAAGUUGGUGCUCAGAAUGGUUUCGUCCAUAUCCUUAUACCGUCUACCGAACCACACCACCAGGACCCCCUACUCAAACACUUACCAAAGUAUAUGAGACGGAGGCAACGUUCUUUUCUACAACAACGAUUCAAUCAACAGCAACUACCACGGCUCUCUGUCCCACGCCUUCAUCCUCCAUGACCUGCAAAUUCAGCUCUUCACGCAACGUUGAUCCAAAGUAUCUCAUUGCAUCUUACAAUAACAGAGAGCUAGACGGUAUUACCAGAGAAGAAUGUCAUCAAGCUUGUUUGCAAAAUCCUGAGUGCAAGGCUUUUGGUCUUACACAGUGGCGUUCGUUUUCGCUCGAUAGCGAUCCACGUACAGGCUGUUCGCUUUACAGAGUUUCAGUUUCGCAGGACUUGUAUGUGCAGCCAGAGCGGAGAGACUAUCUAUAUGAUAGAGGAUGUCCUGAUUACCUUCCGCCCGGAUGCUCUUCUCCUAAUCCGCCCCAAAUAACCAACGCACCAGUCGCCGCCGAGAAACGUGAUGAGCUUUCAAUCUCUCAACCAGACUGGUUCUAUGAUUACGAUUACUGGGGAGGAUACUAUAUCGUUAACCAGGCUUGUAGUUGUUUGAUUACGACUAGACCGCCGCCAAUUACAACUAUAACAUAUACACUUACGGAAAACAUAGUUCAUUUAACUUCGACUAAGACGUUUUCCGCUUUUAUUCCAUUUACCGUGAGGCCAAACUUCAGUACGGUCUAUACUAGUGUGAAAAAAUAG